UCGUUUUUUUUUUCUUUCUUGGUUGAGAAUUGGUUGAGAAUCAAAGCCAUGGUUUCUUGAAAAGGAAGUUCAUGGAAAGUGUGCUUAAGACAGCUAACUAGGAAAUUAGGCAUCAACAAAGAUCUAGCACAAGGAAAUUAACCAUGGUCUAUAUGCUUAGGUAGUUCAAAGUCCAAGACCUUGUUUAAGAAAACUCUGAAACUUUGACCAUAAUUUUGGCGACCAAUUCACUCGUUUAGAGCCUAUCAAGAUCUUGUUUGAAAAACCACCUUCGUUUAGCCGACAUAUUCACCAAUUUUAUAGCUAAAUAGUGCAUUCUCUCUUUUAAAAAAGCAGGUACUUUCAAAAGAAGGUUUUUUUUUAUUACAUAGUCCACUCACACAGCCCACUCACAUAAGGCAUAUAUCCACUGCCUAUAAAAUCUCUUCGAACCUCAUUCAUUUGCACAUCCAAACCCUCUCUUUCUCUCUCUCUCUCUCUCUCUGUCUCUCUCUCUCUCUCUCUCUCAUAAUUUUGCUUUACUGUGAUUGAACAUGUCUGUCCAAGUGAUGAACGAGAAAACCCUUCAGGGAAUUCAUGUCUUAGGAAGGGAAAACAAUGUUCCUCCCUCCCCUAGAAGGUUGGAGGGAAAAGUAGCCAUUGUCACUGGUGGUGCUAGAGGGAUUGGAGAAGCAACAGUACGGCUUUUUUCUAAACAUGGUGCCAAAGUAAUCAUUGCUGAUGUUGAAGACACUCUUGGAAAUGCGCUUGCUAAUUCCUUAGCUCCUUCGGUUGCCUAUUUUCACUGUGAUGUUAGCUUAGAAGAAGAUGUUGAGAAUUUAAUCCAAUCCACCAUUACUCACUAUGGACAGCUUGACAUCCUUUUCAACAAUGCUGGUGUUCUUGGAAAUCAAUCCAAGGCUCACAAGAGCAUUGCAGACUUCGAUAUCGAUGAAUUCGAUCGUGUCAUGCGUGUCAAUGUGAGAGGCAUGGCACUAGGGAUUAAGCAUGCUGCACGUGUAAUGAUUCCUAGAGUAAGUGGGUGCAUUAUUUCCACAGCUAGUGUAGCUGGAGUUAUGGGAGGGCUUGGUCCACAUGCUUAUACAGCUUCAAAGCAUGCCAUUGUUGGGCUUACAAAGAAUGCAGCUUGUGAAUUAGGUCAGUAUGGGAUUAGAGUUAAUUGCAUUUCUCCAUUUGGGGUUGCCACAUCCAUGUUAAUUAAUGCAUGGAGGAGUGAUGAUGAUGAAGAAGAGGAUUGCAUGGAUUUUGGGAUGCCUCGGGAACAAGAAGUUGAGAAAAUGGAGGACUUUGUGAGAGGACUUGCCAACUUGAAAGGUCCAACCUUGAGGGCUAAAGAUAUAGCUGAAGCUGCUCUUUACCUUGCUAGUGAUGAAUCCAAAUAUGUUAGUGGUCAUAACCUUGUUGUAGAUGGUGGCAUUACCACCUCAAGAAAUUGUGUGGGCUUGUAACAAAUUCAGAAAACAGAAUUUGAAUCCACAAUUCUAAUUAGAAUUUAUGUAAACUGCUGCUAUAUUAAGAAUCACUGUUUUUCUUGUAAUAACUUUGUUUGUUUAACCUAUUGUCUAGUAUGAGUUUAAAAACAUAUUUGUUUA